UUGGACGCGGCAGGAACUCAAGUUACCAGCACUCCGUUUGCGUUACCACUACUCUUCUACACCUAGCGUUACCUUUCUGUUUUACACUCGUACACGAUUCCGCUUUACGUUACGUGUGAUAUGUAUGUUAUUUACAAGUGUCAGUGCCAAAGAGAGAGAGAAACUGUGAUCCACCUCCGACGAUAAGCGACGGCGAUUUUUUUACAAGUGCAAAAGCAGACGACAAGAAGAUACCUGGAGAGAACUAACGGAUUCGUCAGAUGCCGCCCCCACAAAUGCGUGUGGAGAGUUUAAAAAAAUAAGGAUCGAGAGGAAAGCCAGUCCGCUGAGGACGAGCGUGAUGUUAGCAGUCGCCAGAGGUUUAAACGCUUUGGCGGGUUCCAGAAGGCGUGUGGGGUGAACUGAAUGCAAGGGCAGGACACGAACCUGGUCGUGAUCAUAUGGCGUGUGCUUCACGGAUAUUUUAAAAGGGUGCAACAGCGUCACGCAUGCGUCCCACGCCGGGUUGCCCUGCCGGGGGAUUUCUGGAGGAUCGACAAGAGAAGAGCUGCCGCCUUCCUGUCUCGUCCACGCUAUAAUGUCAGCUCGCGCAGAAAGGAAGUAUGACUCUUACGACUACCCCGUGUGAAUUGGACACGAUGAGCCUCUUCCAAGACCUGAAGCUGAAGCGAAGGAAGGUGGACUCUCGUUGCAGCAGUGAUGGAGAGAGCGUGGCCGAUACGAGCACGUCUUCGCCUGACAUGGUUGGCCCUGUUUCUCCGUGCGCGAAGGGCACUGCUGAAAUAGCCAGGCAGUCACCGAGUCCCGCCCUGAGAGACAGGACCUCUCCCGACUCCGCUUUGCCAGAGGCGUCGAGGUCAGUGGCGGAGCCGUUGAAGGAAGAGGAUCCCGAGGAAGCACGAAUAGCGAGCCAGGGCGAAGGUGGCGACAAUAGCGUGUUCGACGGCGGCGGCAGGACGCACUCGCCCGCCUUCUGGAUGGCGGCCGCCGGCGUGGGCGUGUGCCGCAUCAACGGCGUGCGGCCCGAGCUGAUCGGCGGCGGGCUCGUGCGCUUCCCGCCGCACCACCCGCACCCGCAGCCACAGCCGUCUCCGCAGUACCACCAGCUGACGCCGCAGCAGCCGACGAUCGGCCCGACUGAAAUGAAGCCGCCGUCGCGAGUGAUGGCCGGAUCGUCGGCGACGCCCAACGUGCUACGGCCGCCCCCGACUGUCAUAAUGGGCGAAGCCGGAGGCGUGCGGACGAUGAUCUGGUCGCAGCCCGCCGCGACGGUCGUCGAGUCUCUGCAGCACCAGCCGCAGCAGCAGCAGCAGCAACAGCAGCAGCACCCGCAGCAGCCGCCGCACCAGCAGCUCGUGGCGGCCGCGUCCACGUCGGGCUGGUCCACGUCCAGCUCGUCGACGUCGAGCGGCAACAGCGAGGAGUCGUCGGCGGCGCAGAUGCUGCUCAACCUGGGCCAGGAGCAGCAGCCGCUGGCGCAGGCGCCGCCGCAGCAGCCGGCGCAGCACUUCCCGCCGCAGGUGCGGCCGUUCGCGACGCCGCUCAACAUGGAGCGGCUGUGGGCGGGCGACCUGACGCAGCUGCCGUCGGCGCUGCAGCAGGCGCACGCGCUCAACCUGACGGCGGCCGCCGGCUCCGGCGCGAGCUGGCCCGCCGCGCCACCCCGGGCCUCCGACGAGGAGUCGAAGUUCGUGCUGGGCAUGCACCACCACCAGCACCAGCACCAGCAGCCGCAGGCGCAGGCGCACCCGCCGCUGCCGCCCGCGCAGCACCACGACGACCAGGAGGACGAGGAGCAGCCCAUGAUCUGCAUGAUCUGCGAGGACAAGGCCACCGGCCUGCAUUACGGAAUCAUCACCUGCGAAGGGUGCAAAGGCUUCUUCAAGCGCACAGUUCAAAAUCGUCGAGUGUAUACAUGUGUUGCUGAUGGAAACUGUGAGAUCACGAAGGCACAAAGAAACCGCUGUCAGUACUGUCGCUUCAAGAAAUGCAUUGAGCAGGGUAUGGUGUUGCAAGCUGUUCGAGAGGACCGGAUGCCAGGAGGUCGCAAUUCUGGAGCGGUGUAUAACUUGUAUAAGGUGAAGUACAAGAAGCACAAGAAGAAUCCCAAGAACGGGCAGGGGAAGGUGCAAACGGACAAACAGAAGGCACUGGGACUGUCAGAGCAUGGUAUUUCUCCUCAUCUGGUGAAUGGCACCAUUCUCAAGACUGCACUUACAAAUCCUAGUGAGGUUGUCCAUUUGAGACAGAGACUGGACAACGCUGUUAGCUCAUCAAAAGACCGCACAUUUCCUAUGGAGGUGACACUUGGGAUGAUUCAGACACUUAUUGAUUGUGAUGAAUUUCAGGACAUUGCAACAUUAAGAAACUUGGAUGAACUUCUUGAUCAUAAAUCAGAUCUCUCAGAGAAAUUAUGUCAGAUAGGUGACUCAAUUGUCUACAAACUGGUCCAGUGGACGAAACGCCUUCCUUUUUACUUGGAGUUACCUGUAGAGGUUCAUACGAGGCUCUUGACUCACAAAUGGCAUGAAUUGUUGGUUCUAACAACAUCUGCGUAUCAAGCAAUGCAUGGAGUUCAUAAACUUGCUAACGACAGUAGUGAAGCGGACUUCACUCAGGAGGUAUCAAACAAUCUGUGUAUCCUGCAGACAUGUCUCACUUCAAUGAUGGGCCGUUCAAUAACAAUGGAUCAGUUGAGACAAGAUGUAGGGUUGAUGGUGGAAAAGAUAACGCAUGUUACUCUCAUGUUUCGCAAAAUUAAACUGCAGAUGGAAGAAUAUGUCUGCUUAAAGGUCAUCACAAUGUUAAAUCAAGGUCGAGGUAGCACGACGGAACUGGAAGCAAUUCAGGAGCGGUAUACUAUGUGUCUCAGAAGUUUUGUGGAAAACAAAUUUCCACAGCAGCACUCUCGUUUCCACGACCUUAUUCUGCGGUUACCAGAGGUACAGUCAGCAGCUACUUUACUGCUGGAAAGCAAAAUGUUUUAUGUUCCGUUCCUCCUGAACUCUGCCAUUCAAAGGUAGUACAUCAACAAAGCAGAUAGCAGUAUUUACGAGCAGAACUGUGACAAUCGAUCGAGGACUAGUGACCGUAAUGUGACUAUUAAAUCUAAAAUAUGUAUUUGCACUUCACAGAAAUCUCUCUCAGACUUUUAUGAUACAAAAAAGUGAGAUAGAUAGUUGCACUACUGCUAUGUAAUACUUCUUCCCAGUCUCUGGAAAUAGUGUGGUUUUGUUGAGCAGCUGCAAGAUGAGGCCAGUGAGGAAACUGAAUCAGUUACCAUAACCAUUACUGGAGAAGGCUUUUGUACUGGUUGCCAAUUUGAAUAAAAAAUAAAUAUUUGAUUUUACGAGUCAGAUAUGAACUGUUAGGGAAGAACGUACUAGAAUUUAUUCAUUAAUAAAAUUGUUACCAUAUUGAGAAUAGACUGCUGUUUCAUGAAGACUGGUGUUUUAGCCUUUGCCAGGCUGAAAUUAUACAAGAAAAGCAUUCAAAGGCUAAAGUGAGACUAAGUUAGAUUAAUCGUAGGAAAAAAGUAAUUUACAAAUAAGAAGUAUAUUUUGCAGAAGACACAUGUGGUAAUGAGAUGCCUGUAUCUCAUAUAUAUGUAUAUGUUUACUAUUAAUGACAGAGCAGACAUGUGAUGGAAGCCACAUUUAUAAAUGGGUGAAUGACCAUUUAAAUUCCUAUACUGUUGUUACCAUUACAGUUUGUUGGAAAACAUUGUUGUAACCAAAGUAUUCUUACGCUGCCUUAAGUUACCGGAGACCUCCCAGAAGGGACAUAAUUUAAAUUCUAAUUAAAAUGGCUGAAAUGACAUUUGCCCCUGUAUAGUAUUCUCAGUUUCAAUUUUUUCUGUUAUACUGUUAUAGUGAUAUUUCCAUUUACCAUUUACAGUAGUACUUCACUGAAUGAAUGACAUAAUACCAUUUAGCGCACUAUUACUUUGGUAUAACUUCUCUUAAUUUUGGAGUAAUGUCAAAGCGAAACAGUAAAGACUCUCAUUCUUAAAAUAAAAAUAGGAAGUUACCAGCAUCAUGCAAAUGUAAUUUUAAGAAAUAUGUUCCUUUUUUUAUAAUUAAACAAUUAUUUUGAAUGGAAUAUUGAAGUAUUGUAUAAAUGAUUAUACAAAUUUUUCUUCUUUUUUGUUUUUAUUUGUUUGUGUACAGGAGAUGGCACAUUACACUGAUUUAAAGGGAUGAACCCUUUAAACACUACAGUCUGUAAAGAUUUUUGGGUCUCUGUCACAAAUAUUAGAUUUGACAAUGACAACUCAUCCGACAGAAUAAAAACAUUGAAGUACAAAAAAUGAAACUAAAAAAUUUUGGUACAAAAGGAUUUUGACAGAAAUAAUUUCCACAAAUUAAUGUAAUUGUAUGCUUUGAAUGGCAUUACUUUUGUGAAGUAAUGUUGUAGAUCAUUACUAUUUGAAAUUUUUUUAAUGCCUGCAAACGUUAGUAAUUUAUGGAUGUACAAAAUUGCCUUUAUAAUUCUAUAUAGACACUGUAUAUUGUUUUGUGUUUGGAACUUUCCAUAACUUCAUAUUAGUUGAAUUUCAGGUUAUAGUUGUUUGUUACAUUCUUUUAAAUAUUUUUGAUUUUAUUACCAAAAGGCACAAAUGGAAUGCUAAUGCUGUUAAUGCCUUUGUGGCACUGCUUCAAAAAUAUGUUUGUAACUAUCUAAAGUUAAGCAAAUGUUUUGACUCUCAUUAAAUGAAAUGAAGAAAUACGUGGUGCUAGGUCUCCAGAGAGAAAUAAAUUUGGUUAACAGUCUUUUAAUGACUAUAAAUGAUUAAAAUGUAAGAUUAAAAAAGAAACUAAUGUGAAGCUUUGAAAAAGCUCCUGUUGUUGCCUUGUGUUGUUCAGAAUUAUAAAGUGUUAUCAAUUGCAUGUCAUUGUUAUCUGAAAUGUAAAUAAUAUGUUAGUAUAUUUGAAAGUUUUAUUUUAAAGAAUGACAGUAUCUGAAAGGAGUUCUGGUGUACUUCAAAGAAGUCUGUUUUUAAUGCAAAAUAGCCCAGAGAACCUAAACAUAUACAGUUUGUUUAAUGAGUAUGGAGAGUACUCAAUUACAUUUUAACCACAUUUGGUAUCACUACAUUUCAAGCAAUGCUGCCAUGAAAACAAAAAUGUGAAUGUGUACAGUUUUUCAUAAUACCAGAGUACUUAAUCAGUCACAAAAAGUGUACACAUGGGUAAUAGUUUUACCCAUUGUUUUCCAAAUCCAAAAAUGUUGAAUAAAUAAAAAACUUUUAAAGCUUUUGUUAACCCGGUUAGAUUGUAUCUCUGAUAUGUUACAUCAUCCUUGUUUAAGAAACGAGCAUCAGAAGAAUAUUUCUACAGUGACAUUAUUUAGUGGUCUUGUGUGAAACAACUCGUAACUUAAAAUUAUCAGUAAAAUUUUGUUGCAUCUCUGUAUGUAAGCCUGUCUCACAUGAUAGUGUUUUGAUCUUCCUCAGAAUAAACCUGGUACAAUGCAAAUUAAUGUAUUUUAUAUUAAUAAUAUAAAUGAUCUCAACAGUUGAAACCUUUAAAGUCGUAUUCUACAUCUACAUUUAUACUGUACAAUCCACUUUUCAAUGUAUGGUGGAGGGUAUCUAAUAUUUGUGGCAAAACAUUAUAAUCUCAUACUGUGAUGAUCCAGAAUUUGUGCGAAUAUACAGUUUUACCCUCUUUCCAACCUGCAUUUUAAGUCUCUCUUAAUCCUCCUCUCCCCUUCCCCUACCCCUUCAUCCUCCUCCUCCCACCCCAACCCCCACCCUACACUCAUUCCAUCCUCACUGCCCCACCUUCACUCAGUACUGCAGCUCCCCUUUUGCUAAUUCAAAUUUCAAAAUUUUAUUUCUGUGGGCUAUUUUGGCCCCUGUUUCAGCUUUUUUCAUAAUUUUACUUGUAAAUGCUGGUCAUCACAUUAACUAUCUAACCCAUUGUAGCUAUACCAGUCAUUUGUCAACCAUGUGUCAUGAGAAUUAACAGACAUAAAAGCUACACUAUGUAAUGACAAAAUUGUGAGAAGGGUAGUUGCUACUCACCAUAUAGUGGAGAUACUGAGUCGCAGAUAGGCACAACAAAAAGCGUGUCGGAAAGUGAACUUUCGGCCAACAAGCCCUUGUCAAAAAUACGUGUGUACACACACACACACACACACACACACACACACACACACACACACACACAAAAAUCAUGCACAUAUAACCACAGUUUCUGGCAGCUGAAGCCAGAAGUUGAGUGUGGCUUCAGCUGCCAGAGACUGUGGUCGUGUGUGUGUGUGUGUGUGUGUGUGUGUGUGUGUGUGUGUGUGUGUGUUUUGUCUAUUUUCAACAAAGGCCUUGUUGGCCAAAAGUUCACUUUCCAACAGUCUUUUUGUUCUACCUUUCUGCGACUCAUUAUCUCUGCUCUAUGCUAAGUAACAACUAUCCUUUCCAUAAUAUUGUUACAGUAUGUAGUGAGUUCUUCAUGUGUGUCAUCUGUGUGAUGUAAUAGUGACAUAAACUUUCUCUAAAAUGUGAUUAUGCCAACAUGACAUUUUAUUAUUAGUUUCAUAAAUGUUCCAUUGCCAUAGCCAAUAACAUGCAAAAACUUGGCUGGUAGAUAUUAAAAAUAACUGAAGGCUUUGUGUUGUUUAGCUCAAUGAAUUGUGGUCUUUUUUUCAGUUUCUUAGUGAUUCUCUCUUUUUUUCCUGUGUGUGUGUGUGUGUGUGUGUGUGUGUGUGUGUGUGUGUGUGUGUGAGAGAGAGAGAGAGAGAGAGAGAGAGAGAGAGAGAGAGAGAGAGAGAGAGAGGAGAGUGUGUGAGUGCUUCAGUGAAUGACCAUGAAUGUGAGCAGUAAUAUAGUAACAUGUGUGUCUUUCAUUGAAAAAAAAGAAAAAAAAAACUGGUCAUUUUGUGUUCAGGUAGUGACCAUUCAAACUUGCUAUAUAGUUUCUCACUUUGAGUUAAAAUUUUGCUUUUGUAUCAAGUAAUACAGUUUUAGAACACAUUUUGUUUAGGAUGUGCUUGUGAUGUACUAUGUUACAGUAGUACAGUGAGAAUAAUUUUGUGAACAGUUACAAAAUACUGCAUUUAACUCAGUGUGCCAGCAGUUAGUCAGUGUUGGACAUUUACACAGAUUUAAAGUGAACCGUGGUGUCAUAUGACUGUUUUAAGUGUUACCAUUUUUUGUUUCUGUUAAUAGAAUAUUAUCCAUAGUAA